AUGAGCGAACAAGAUCAGAAAGAUGCGAGCAUCUCGCUAGCAUUGCGCCCCAACCCCGGCGACGAAGGCAUCUCUAACCACCAAGCCGCUGAAGCGCUCGAUACUCGCAUCUCGCUGGCCUCGCGUCUCAUCCAUGGCGAUGACGGCAUCUCUACACACCGAGCGGUUGCCCCGGCCAUGCAUGUCAGCACGACGUUUCGUUAUAACGAUGACCCAGAGAUGCUCCAGCCUGAAGUCUAUCUUGAUGCAAGAACCCCUCCCGACGCUCCCCUGGACUCCCACGUCUACUCUCGCUACACCAACCCCAACACCACUCGUCUCGAAGCGCUUCUGAGCUCCGUCCUCGGCGGCAAGGCCCUGACCUACGCUUCGGGCCUGGCCGCCUUCCACAUGAUGCUCGUCCGCAUCAACCCGAAGCGCAUCGCCAUCGGCGACGGCUACCACGGCUGCCACGGCAUCAUUGGCAUCCAAUCUCGCCUGACCGGCCUCAAGAAGCUGCCGCUCGACUGCGACCCGUCCGAGCUGCAGCCCGGCGACAUCGUACACGUCGAGACGCCGCUCAACCCGACCGGCGAGGCGCGCGACCUGCAAUACUACGCCGACAAGGCGCACGCGGCCGGCGCGUACCUCACGGUGGACGCUACCUUUGCGCCGCCGCCCCUGCAGGACCCGUUCGCCCACGGCGCGGACGUCGUCAUGCACAGCGGCACCAAGUACUUUGGCGGCCACUCGGACAUGCUGUGCGGCGUGCUGGCGCUCAGCCCGCGCCUGCCCCACGACGAGUGGUUCCCGGCCAUGCUGUACGAGCGCUCCAUCUUGGGCUGUGUCAUGGGUAGCAUGGAGGGCUGGCUGGGCCUGCGGUCGAUGCGCACCAUGGAGCUGCGCGUGCUGCGCCAGAGCGGGACCGCCACGGACCUCGUCGCGUGGCUGGCGCGCGAGGCGGCGGACCCGGCAUCCUCGCUGGCCCGCGUCGUCGACCAGGUCAAGCACGCGAGCCUGCAGCCCGAGGCGGCGGACGAGGGCAGCUGGCUGCGGCGGCAGAUGCCGGGCGGCUACGGGCCCGUGUUUGCGCUGGCGAUGAAGAGCGAGGCGCUGGCGAGGCGGCUCCCGAGCAAGCUGCGACUGUUCCACCACGCGACGAGCCUGGGCGGCGUCGAGAGCCUGAUUGAGUGGCGCGCGAUGACGGAUAAGACGGUCGCGAGAAACUUGUUGCGUGUGAGCAUCGGCGUGGAGGCGGAGGAGGACCUGAAAGCCGACCUGAAGCAGGCUUUUGAGAAACUUGCGGAAGAAGUUUAG